AUGGUUUCUAUCGUUUUCGAUGUAGCGUGUAUACGUCAUAAUGACGUCACAUCGUAUCCAAGUCCGGUGAACUUAGCAUCCUCCCUGUUUGAAGCCGCCAACAGGAAAGCACCGUUGUGGAUCAGAUUUCCGAGAAAUAUUAACGAACUAGAAACAGCGAAAGUUAAAUGGCAAUCGAGAUUCAAGUUUCCAUGUGCGGUAGGGGCCGUAGACUGCACUCACAUACCUAUAAUGAAACCUUCUUCACAUGGAGACGAAUACGUCAAUCGAAAGGGCUUUCCAUCUAUAAACGUGCAGGCUACGUGUGACAACAGAGACGAAGGAUAUGGCAUUGCACCAUGGUUAAUGACACCAUUUCAAAAUCCAGAAACACCUGAUGAGAGGGCAUACAACAGACUUCACUCUAAGGAAACGGUGAUAAUCGAACGGUGCUUUGGACAGGUGAAAAGGCGUUUCCCAAUUCUGCAAAAUAAAAUAAGGCUUGCCCAAACAAAAAUCCCCAGUGUGAUAAUAGCCUGUUUUGUUUUGCACAACGUAGCAAAACAUGUAGGGGAUGAGGAUUUUGAGGCACCUAGUGAUAACGACAACAAUCUUACAAUACUGGGAGAAGAGGAAGCAGCAAACGUACGUGUACGUGGAACAAAUAGGAGGCGUAAUUAUUCCCUCAUGAAAAUAAAGCACAGUGCUCUUAUGUUACGUAAUAAAAUGCUGUUUAGUGUUGUUUUUUUUUUCAUUCUCUAUCAUCGAUUUUACUUUCAACAAAAAUUGUUUAACAUGUAA